AUGGACCGUUUUAAAGAUGGCAGCGACUAUGUUUUAGAGAUGUUGUUUAUCGAGGCUAAAGAACAGCGCCAUUUUGUUUUGCGUCAUAUUUUUACAUCUUCUUUUGAUUCUGAUAGACAUGAACUGACUGAAAUAUCUAUCUAUCUAUCUAUCUAUCUAUCUAUCUAUCUAUCUAUCUAUCUAUCUAUCUAUCUAAAUAUUGAAUGUGCGUACGUGUGUAUAGAAAUGUUUACGCAUUCCCCGGAUGAUCGGUCGUUUUUUAAUCACACCGAGCGUCUCUUGGUGUCCUUGAAGAUUUCAUUUGAUCCCCUCAUCCACUUCUUUUUUUGUUCUUCUGUUUUUAUGACGCCAAACGUGUCCUUGUUCCCGGACAGUUUCUUUCAGCCUGGCAUUCGUUCUUCAUCUUUUACCUUCAUUUUUCCAGAAGUUCCUUUGACUUUCAAACCAUUUUCGGACAAAAGUCCUUAUAUAUUCCUUUCAUCCGUUUCAACUUUACUGAUCUGUUUGUUUCAUCUAUCUAUCUAUCUAUCUAUCUAUCUAUCUAUCUAUCUAUCUAUCUAUCUAUCUAAUCUCAAUCUUUCUUGCUUCUAUAUUUCUUUUCCUUUUGAUAUCUUUUCUUCUUUCCAUCGGCUUUAUUCCAUUCUUUUUCUUCCGUUUACUCUUCUUAUUCAUCUUUUCUUUUUCUUUCUAUCUACUUUUUUCUUUCCAUCUUUUACCGUUUUGCUAUCUUUUUUCCUUUUUUCUUUUCCCCUUAUUCUUAUUCAUGUUUCCAUCUUUCUUUUUCCUUCCAUUUUUUAUCUUCUUGCUAUCUUCCUUCUUUUUUCCUUUUCCUUCUUCUUCUUAUUCAUAUUUCCAUUUUUCUUUUUCUUUCCUUUUUUGUAUUUCAUUCUUCUUACCUCUUUCCUAUUUACUUUCAUCUUGUUACUUUCUUCAAUUUCCUUCACUUUUCAUUGCAUUCUUUCUUGUUUGUAUUAUUUCCACUUCCUCCUUAUUUACAUUACUUUCUACUUUCCUUCAUGUUAUUUUCUUAUCUUUCUUCUUUUUCUUCUUUCUUUCCCAUUCCCCUUCUCUCUCUUCACAUUUUCCUUUUUACUCAUUUUAGUUUAUCGUAAUCUUUUCUUUUCUUUUCUUUCUUUCUUUCUUUCUUUCUUUCUUUCUUUCUUUCUUUCUUUCUUUGUUUUCCUAAAAAUAAUAUUCCUGUAG